UUGCCAUUCAGAUUUGAGACCAGCGCAUAAAGUUGCAUAAUGUCUUUUGCUUCUGCUGCCAUUGCCAUCGCUAUGCGCAAAUACUGUCAUCAUAAUCUACUCGAGCUAACAUGCGCGUUCUUCCUAUAGUGAACAAGGCCCGGAAGCCAAAGUUCGAGCUUCACCUCACCAUCUAUGACUUAAACAACGUACCCCUAGUUACCGGAACAUCUACGAUAAAAUGGCAUCUUCCGAACUCGAUGCAUGGCGAAAAUCGUGGCCGCACAGCGAAAUGCUCCAUCGAUAAGAUUAACCACCGCGUCGUCUACAACUACUCCAAAAUAAUCCCUAUACGCAUCUCCAUCGACCGCACCAAUAACCUCACAGAAUGUCCCAUCGACUUCGAGGUCUUGCAGGAGUUCCCCAUGGUGGUCGGUGGCCGCGAUGAGAAGAUAUCUCUUGGGGUCGUUAGGCUGAACCUAAGCGAGUAUGUAGAGGAAAGCGAGACCUUCCCGCGCCGAAGCAUGGGAGCUCGGAUGAGCGCGAGCCUGGAACAUGCGCGGGACAAGGUCGGCCAAGGCCUAUCACACCGAAGGCAAAGCAGUAGCAAAUCCAGCGGCGGUCCCAACGUCGUGGUAGGAAUUAGUCCGACGAAUACAAUGGCGCCACCUCCACCCCAUCCAGAAGAAAAUGAUAUUGUCGACGAUGAAGCUGAGGAGGGUAUUGUACGCCGGUACCUCAUGCAGGAAAGUAAGAUUAACAGUACACUUAAGAUCGGCAUCCUGAUGGUUCAAAUCGACGGGGAGCGCAACUUUGUUGCGCCGCCCCUCAAAACCGCUCCCAUGUUCGGAGGCAUCGCCGGCAUCAUGACGGGAAGUGAGCCAUUGCAACAGGCUGAGCCCGGAUCUGAUGACGGGUCUGUGCCACCCCACAACCCAAAAAGCACCAGCCUGAGCAGCAAGUCUAGGGACGCCUCCGAACAGCAAGAUAUGUACCGCCGCGCCCUAGCCGCUAGCUGGGCCUGCCAGCCCGGUGAGCUACCCGCUGACGAGUGUAUCGAAGACAUCUUCGCCGGGGGCGAUGGGUGGAGCGAUAGUAGGAAACCCGGAGAGUCAAAAAGAAAGCCAGCGGUGGGGCGCCAAUCUAUAGAUAGCAGCCACAGCAUCCAGAGCCGCAACAGUAACCACAGUGGCAGCGCAAGCGGUGACGAGGCGGCAGUAGGCACACUUCGACCAAAUGAUAUCCGUCGCAUGCGGCAACACAUGCGUACCCGCAGUGGUGGCAGUGAUAAGAGCUUACAUACGGCAAUUGGCGGUAACAGUAAUUUUAAUAGUACACAGCCCGCAAAUUCUCAUCAAGCUUCUCAUUUGCGGUACCGCACGAAACCCCACAAAGGGGAGACAGUCGGCCUCUAUGAUGGCAGUGAAGGGGGAGGUCCACGAAGCCGAAGUGGAAGCUUAGCGAGUCUUGCACCGACGUUAGGGAGUGAGCGCGGCCGGGAUGGGUUUCGGCGGCCGAAGGAGGUAGAUGAAUAUGAGGAGCGUGAGGAUCUCGUUGCCUGGAAAUUGCCUGAGACAGUUACGUGAUGCUGACGUACUUGCAUUAAGAGUGCUUACCUCUUGAGUAAGAAAGUAUCUCAUGUUUUGCGUCGCGUUUAUCUACGCACCUAAGUAGAUACUGUGCUUGAUAAGCUACUCAUUGACGAUCCGGCAACUUGCUCAGUACUUGAAAGAGCCGGGAUAAUUCGGGACAGGAUAGAGGGACAUAGAGGGGCAUAGAGGGGCAUAGAGGAGCAUAGAGGCAAGCAAGAAUAAGGAUAUUCGUCAUUCGUGUCCUACCAACAGAUGGUAAUUAGUUAAUACGGCUUACUCUUAAGUACUUUAUAUGGAUUAAUAAAGGGGUUGUGAAUACAGAAUGGAUAGAC